AUGGCCACCAUCGAUUCCCAGCCACGCAUUAGUGGGAGUUCCACAACAUCCACCUUCACGACUACAAGUACACCUCUCUCGAGUUACCCUCGUCGCCGGAGUCCCGUGGAAUCUGACAAGCUUCGUGGCUCCCGAGACUGCCAUCCGUGCAACGAGGAACCUUCUCGCCGGAAUUCUGCGUUUCUCGAAGUUGGCCUUGGUGGUGAAGAUGCCAUUGUCGACUCAAAAUUAAGAAGAGAUUCUCGACCGAAACUCCAAGUGCGCUUUCGAAACGAUGUCGACGUGGUCGAACCUGAAGUAAUUGACUGGCCCGAAACAACCCCAGUUGACAGACCGUCUCAUCCGCAAAUGUCUCCAUACUUUCCCACGCUGCCCAGGUUACUCUUUCUUGCUCUGCUUAUCUUGCUGGUGGUUCCAAGUCUGCACCAUUCUCCCUCAUUGAUCGCCGACGCGAAUCCCGUAAAUCGUCAAGCGGGCUCCUCGUUGGUGAGGGGACUAUGGCAGGGUGCGAAAAGGGAGACGCUCCCAGGAAGUGUGAAAAGAGAGAAUAGUGCAGCAGAUGUUUGUAAGAGGUGGUCAGGGCAGAGCGCCCUAGUCAAUGGGACACUGUACUAUUAUGGAGGGAGAGCAACCACCAGUGCUGACCAGACCUCGAACCAAUGGAAUAACGAUUUCCUAGCACUCGAUCUGACAAAGUCGUGGCAGAUUUCGUCGCCGUCACUGACGGGCCUCCCAAUCCCGACCGGGCCUCCUGCGGUAUCGCUUGGAUACUUGUGGAACUCUUACGAUGCCCUGUAUCUAUACGGUGGCGAGUUUUCAGAUACGCCUGUUGCAUCUCCUGUUCCCUUUUCCCUCUGGGCAUACGACAUUUCUUCAUCGACAUGGUCAGAGUCGUCGAACCCAAAAACAAGCUCGGGCCGCAAUUCAGAGCCAGCAGGACAACCAGUCCAGCGUGCUGCAGAGGGCGCGGGGGUAUCGGUGCCGAACUUGGGACGAGGCUUCUAUUUCGGAGGACACCUCGAUUUCUUGACCACACCAGGGUGGUCAGAAUCAGUUGCGCGCGUCUAUCUUCGCGGCAUUCUUGAGUACACCUAUCCCGGGUAUAGCAACGCUGCGGUAAAUAGUGGGCAAAGGGCAGGAUCAUCGGGAAUCUACCGCAAUAUUACCCAAGGUGGUAUUCAGGACUCGGCAGGGUUCCCAGAGCGAGCGGAUGGCCUUCUUGUGUACAUCCCCGGUUAUGGAAAGUCAGGCAUCAUUCUGGGGCUUGCAGGCGGUACGAAUGCGACGUUUACUCAGAUGAACGUCAUUGACGUGUACGAUAUCGACUCCUCCAGCUGGUACAAACAAGCCACGACAGGACCAACGCCAGAUAUUCGGGUCAAUCCGUGUGCUGUUGCACUAUCCGCUGCCGAUGGAAGUUCUGUUCAGGUCUACAUGUAUGGGGGCCAGAACCUACUUCCCUACGGUCAGCAAAAGCAGUACGAUGAUAUCUGGAUCUUGACCAUACCCUCCUUCACAUGGAUUCAGGUCGACACCACCAACCAAGCUAGUCCUCCUGCCAGAGCUGGACACAUGUGCAAUGUCUGGAAUGGUCAAAUGGUGGUGGUUGGAGGUUAUGUUGGUCAGGAUCUGUCAUGUGACAGUCCGGGAGUAUACGUCUUCAACACCAGUUCCCUUCAAUGGCAGAGUGAGUAUGUCGCGUUGGCGACGGAUGACGACCUCAAUCGGCAGAAAAGCCAACAAGAUGAUCCGUCAGCAUUGCAGGGAUCGUUUGGGUAUUCAGUCCCAGAAGCAGUACAAUCGGUCAUCGGGGGCAACGGUGUGGGAGCUGCAACUGUCUCUGUUCCGGCUCAGUCGGCCACUCAAGGGCCACUAGCCACCGGCGCACCACGCCUAUACACAGUCACCCAGUCUGGUGGUGCUGUGGCUACGGAGACCGCAGCGCCCACCGGGACGAGCGGCACUGGGAAUGGUCCUGGUAGCAGUGGUGAUAACGGGGGCUCAUCCGGCGGUGUCAAUGUCGGAGCGAUCGUCGCUGGAGUAAUCGCUGGAGUACUCGCCGUGGUAGCCGCCUAUCUCGCAUUCUGCGUCUGGCUCUAUCGCAAGCAGCUCAAGAUCUACAAGCACCACGUUGCCAUGGCUCAAAGGCAGGAUCUUGCAGACGAUCCCCGAUUCAUUGGUGCUGGAUUCGCAGGCGGCGCGAGAUACACGGACAAAAGCCAAUCGAGUGACAGCCGCAACAGCGCGGACAAUCGCAGUGGAAGCAGCGGCGGGCGCGCCAACCAGUUGUCGAGCAACAACCCUUACCGAAACGUACCUGGGGGCGCUGGCUCUGCAACGGCGGCGAGCAGUACCGAAGACCUCAUGGCAGGUCAAGAGCCCAGUUUCUUGGGAGUGGUCCUGAAUCCCAGGCGAAGCUUGAGGGUAGUGAACAGAGACUAA